AUGCCCACUGUGGAUGAAGUUCUCGAGAAGGUUGGGGAGUUUGGCUGCUUCCAGAAGCAAGCCUUCCUGACCCUGUGCCUGCUCUCUGCUUCCUUUGCCCCCAUCUACGUGGGCAUCGUCUUCCUGGGCUUCACCCCAGACCACCGCUGUCGGAGCCCCGGGGUGGCCGAGCUCAGCCAGCGAUGUGGCUGGAGCCGGGACGAGGAGCUGAACUACACGGUGCCCGGGGCCCUGGGUGAUGCCUUUACCCAGCAGUGCCUCAGGUAUGAGGUGGACUGGAACCAGAGCACCCUCAGCUGUGUGGACCCGCUGGCUGAACUGGCUACCAACCGGAGCCACCUAACGCUGGGCCCCUGCAAGCAUGGCUGGGUGUAUGACACACUGGGCUCCUCCAUCGUGACUGAGUUCAACCUGGUGUGUGCUGAUUCCUGGAAGGUGGACCUGUUUCAGUCCUGUGUGAACGUGGGCUUCUUCCUUGGCUCCCUGGGAGUUGGUUACAUUGCAGACAGGUUUGGCCGCAAAGUCUGUCUCCUGGUGACUGCCCUCAUCAAUACCAUCUCAGGAGCUCUCAUGGCUAUUGCACCAAACUACGCAUCGAUGUUACUGUUCCGCUUCCUGCAGGGGCUGGUCAGUAAAGGCAGCUGGACAGCUGGCUACAUCCUGAUCACAGAGUUGGUUGGCCUGGGCCACAGGAGGAUGGUGGCCAUCUUGUACCAGAUGUCCUUCGCCAUUGGCCUUGUGCUACUUGUGGGCAUUGCCUAUGCCCUGCCCCAUUGGCGGUGGCUCCAGCUGGCCGUCUCCCUGCCCACAUUCCUCUUCAUGCUCUACUACUGGUAAUGUACUCCCCCCACCCCUGCCAUCCCCUGGUUCACGAGCUCUGUGAUUUACCAAGGCCUCAUCAUGCACGUGGGUGCCACUGGAGCGAGCCUCCACCUCGAUUUCUUCUACUCCGCCCUGGUUGAGUUCCCUGCGUCCUUCUUCAUCCUCCUCACCAUCGACCGCAUUGGCCGCCUCUACCCACUGGCUGCGUCCAAUCUGGUGGCAGGGACAGCCUGCUUUGCCAUGAUUUUUAUUUCACAUGGUCUACACUGGUUAAAUAUCCUGGUAGCUUGCAUUGGCCGAAUGGGAAUCACCAUUGUGUUCCAAAUGGUCUGCCUAGUGAACGCUGAACUGUAUCCCACGUUUAUCAGGAACCUUGGAGUGAUGGUGUGCUCCUCCCUGUGCGAUGUGGGUGGAAUCAUCGCCCCCUUCCUUGUCUUCAGGCUGAUGGAACUUUGGCAAGGCUUGCCUCUCAUCUUGUUUGCGGUGCUGGGCCUGGUGGCUGGAGGGGUGACGCUGCUGCUUCCAGAGACCAAGGGAAGGGCCUUGCCAGAGACCAUCGAGGACGUCGAGAACUUCUGGAGGAAAGCAAAGCCCAAAGAAAAUACGAUUUACCUUCAGGUCCGGACAUCAGAAUCCUUUGGCUCCUAA